AGAACUGCGCGUGCGCACCUAACGCAUAGCAACACAGUGGAGCAGCAGCAGCAGGGAGGAGGCGAGGGACCGUUUUAUGCGCAUUUCUGGGACGAAAAGAGAUAAAUCACCCGAAACAGACUUGCAGGAAUCAUGGGGAUUGUGUUCCUGCCGGCGGACGCGGCCCACUCGGUGCUGCGCCGGUUGCGCAGGGCCAACUUCAUGCUGGAGGAGAUGAAGCAGGGGAACAUCCAGAGGGAGUGCCGCGAGGAGAUCUGCACCUAUGAGGAGGCCCGCGAGGCUUUCGAGAAUGACGAGAAGACGAGACGGUUCUGGGAGGAAUAUGUGCGGGAGAGCAGUCCAUCUGGAGGGCUGGAGACGGUGGUCGGAGGAAUCCACUCUCUCUACUUGAUCGUGCCAUUGCUGCUGGUUGUGCUCAUCAUCGCUGCCGUCGCCAUCACUGUGUGGCGCUGCCACUCCCGCAAGCGCUCGCAGCGCAGCCCCAGCCUGGGACACUCGCAUCACGACCACGUCCUGUCAGUGGUCUCUAUGGACCAUUGGGGGAGGGAUUACCACCACGGUGACCAAUCAGAACUCAGCGUCCACAGCAGCCCGGCUUAUCCAGGCUCAGAGCUCACAUCAGGGAGAGGAAGCGCUGGAGACCCGCCGCCGUCUUACGAGGAGGCUGUGGGCCAUACAGACGUCCAGAUAGAGACAGAGCCACCUCCACAGUAUGAGGAUAUAGUCAACACCAGCUCUACUAGUUCCAGUGGUGGCCCCGGGAAGUAAACCUGUCUCUCACUACCAGCCCAACAAAAGCCCUAACCUACACUAAGACCAUCUGAUCAUUUAGCAGAUCACUGUUGUGGUAUCACCAGCCUUCCCCAUUCAACACACACAGAAACACUCUUAACUGUCUGGUCAAUGGACUAAUGCAAUCUUUUGCCGGUGCCAGCGCUGUUGAAAUUUGCACUAACCUUUCAUCGAUGAGGUGAAGUGAUAGCAGGAAGGAUAUUGCAAUACCAAAAUCAGCCGACGCCCUCUGCUGAUUUUCCUCAAGGUGCAUCUAUGCUGUCACACUGUAGCAAAUCAUUUAACUCAGCAGGCAUAACAAAUGUUGCAUGUGGCGUAAAGAAAAAAGGGUUUUGAUUGCCAUAAUGAAGGACAGCUAUUCUAGAAGUGUACAUCGGGGUUGGAUCGGUGCUUUAUUGAAGGUUAGUGCCAAAUUUUAGGCUUAAGUGGCCAAUAGCAGAUAUUUACAACUAUAUUUAAUAUCUUUAAAGUUGACCUAUUUGUUGUAAAAAAUUAUGAAUUGUGUAUAUUGCACACUUUUGCAAACUUCUGCAAACCCAUUUCUUUGCAAGAUUCAGAAACAGCAUUUAGACCAGAAAAUCAUAAUUCCAGUGAAGCCCACACAAAUUAACAUUGAAUUAAGUGAUUUUUGACCACCAGGGGGCAGAAAGAGAAACACAAACUCAAAAUCAAGUUUAUAAUUUCUUAUGUCUAACCUGGAGAUGGGCCGAUAAUAACAAGCUCCUUGUGCUUCAGGAAGCAUUUCAUUCAGUUUAACUGUUUUGAAAGUUUAGCAGCUAAACUAUGUUACUAAGCUAAGAAGAGAUGAGAGUAACUGAGAACGAAAUCAAUAGUAUGAUAACAUUUCCAUCUGAUACCAAGUAAUAAUGUAAUAGGCUAAUUUAAUGAAUAUCAUUCUCCAAUCGCAACACAUUGCGACUAUAUAUGAAAUAUCACAUAAAUAACAACCAUGAAGUUAACACAUGAGCCUGCAGUGGACACCUAAACUACACUAAUAAGGUACAUUUAUAUUUUGUGUCAACAAAAUAGCACUAGGGGGUUAAAUAGCACUGGGAACGGGAUGGUUUUGGAUUAAACGGAACAGGGUGAAGAAAAAAUAUAUGAUUGGUUGCUGCUCAACAGCUCAACUUUAUUUGUAGCGCGUCGCACAGCGACAAGUGUCCGGCGUCAGUUUGUAGUUUCAUGUCGCCGACUUCCAUUGAAAAUGACUUGUAAAGUGUUGCAGUGUUGCUCGUAGACUGAACACAGUAUAACAGACUAACAGGGACAACAAUUUCUGAAAUUGGUCCAGUAUUGAGGGAGAACGCUGUAGACUGCAGCCGCUCACGGGCUGCAGUGUAAUCAUAUCAGGGCAAGCUGGCACCGUCAUUUACGUCCACUAAAAGUGCUUGUUUUUGCUAUAACAGGCUCUGAUUGUUAUUAUAAGUGUCUGACAUUAUGGAAAGAGUCUCGCUCAAGGAGAAGUCUUGUUCUGAAAUCUGGCGAGGUGACGUAUUGCCGGAAGACAACAGUGGAAGCGAGUGGCUGCCAGGGAGAGUUGAAGUACAGAAAGUGUAGCUUAGUGUUAUCUAAAAGAUUUUCAAUGUCAUGGCUGAAUAUUUAGAUGAUUUCGACAAUGUGGAUGAGGUCUUUGAAUUCGAUGGCCGCCCGUAUUUAAUUGAGCCAGAGUAUACGGAUGAAUUAGGCCUUUUUCACCUUAUGUCAUGUCAUGUAAUUUUGACAUGUCACACAGCACAGUGACAUGCUGCUGUGAAAAGCACAGGUGUAAAUAAUGAAAGGAAUGAUGGCUGAAUGCCAUUUAGCUGCUUUGAUUUCAGGGUUCAGUUGUGGUUCAUGCUGGCUCACUGUCACGCUCACUGGAUCACUUGAAUAGAACAGAGCCUUCGUUAGUGUUAUCAGCUUUUCUUACUAUGACAAGUCCAAAUUUAUGUAGUGAGAAAGGCCUGUUGAAGAGCAGGUGAGGAGAGACAGAGGAGGGCAACAGGCAGACAAGGGGGAAUCAGCUGCUGCGAGGCUGCAAAGCUCAGGAGACUUUGUGGUAUUCCUGUGGGUGCUGUGACCUUAUGCCCACAUAGGGACCUGUUGCUGCCCAAUAUCCAGAUUUCAGAACGAGACUUCUCUAUUGAGCGGGACUUGGACACAAUAACUAACAGACCGGAUCAAGUGAAAGGUAGGAAAAAUAUUUGAUUUCUCUGUAGGGUCUUUUCCAUAAUGUUGCCAGACACUUCAGACAACAAUCUGAGCCUGUCAGUGGCAAAAACAAGUACUUUUACUGAACGUAACGUUAUAUUGGCGCUGCAGAAUUGCCCUCGCAGCCCGUUUCGCAGGUGCCGGUUAGAGCGUUAUCCCUCAAUAACAGAGGAAAAUAGGGUCCAGGUUGAAAAAUAGAAAACUUACCCUUUAAUGCAGUGCUUCUGAACAUAAGUUUUACAGAUUUAAUAAUGACACACAUGCUUCUUGGACUUUAAUUGUACACAUAUAAGACUAAAACUACAAAAGUCAGAGAGGUGUUAUAGUGCUUCGGCCCCAGUCUUGAAGGGCGGCUUAAAGUUUUACAAGCCACCAGAUCAUGUCACUGUGUUUGCUGCGUUUGAAGCCCUGAAGCUUCAAAUCUAUUACAAACAGAAGGAAAUAAAGCCCCAAAGCUUCAUACAGUAAAGCUUCAUCCGCCCAUCCCUAGUCUAACCUGUAAGCAAACAACUAUCUAACAACUAGCUAACUUCAGUCCAAUAUUUACUUGUUUGCUCUAGUUUGGUCGACUAUAUUUCCUGACAGAAAUAUCUGGGUCUUUAGCUUGCUAAAUACAAAAAAUUCUUGACUAGUCAUUUACUUUUUGCAGUUUUAUGCUGGGCAAGUAGUGGUACUUGGCUUUGUCAGGGCUUGUAAAUAGCAAAUACAAUUACAUGUAAAUGGCUGCCCACGGUUUUAUAUUGGGGAGCAUUGUGACCCAAGCUUUUAGUAAAUGAUCAGGCUACAGAACCAAAUCAAUUAGUCAAAAAUAUGUAGAGCUGCAGCAUUGGGUGUUAAUUGACUUUUCCACAUUACAAUCUGUAAUUUGAUUCAUUGUUGAUAUAAAAAAAUGUACAGGUUUAAAUCGUCAAGUUGCCAAACGAAUGCAUCGGUCCAACUUCAGUAUACAAUUGUGAAUGUUUAAAAUGUAAAAUAAGACCAGCAGUUGAGAAGGGGGGUGCUGAAAUGUGUUUUUUUGUGUAUGCGUGUCAUAUGUGCUUUUAUUUUGGUAAUGCAUGUAGCUUGGUCUGUACACCUGAGGUUGGUUCUGGCUCUGUUUGUUGGUGGUCAGUGCGUGCUCGUCCAUGUCCUUCUCUGGGCUGUUGAUAGUUGCUCAGAGUCUGUUUUAACUGUGAAAAUCUUUUCCCUACUCUUUCCCUUAAAGCAAAUGUAACCGUGUUGAAAAUGACUACAGAGUCCUCUGCUGUGCCUCUUUCACUAAAAGCACACUAAGGAUUUUUUCAAAUAGGUUUGCAGCUACACCAUAAAUGUAAGUUGUGGAGUGACUUGCAUAGGAAUGUGGAACAGACAGCAAUAGAAACAGAAGCUUUGGGACCAGAUGCAUCAGAGGGGAGAGAUUCUGUAUUUAAUAACACUAUGGACAGAGUUCACGUUUAGCAUGUGUAAUGUACCUGUAUAUAAAUAUGUAUAGUCUUUACGUGUGAAAGUAAGUUACAGUGAGAUUGUUUUUUACUGCAUAGAAAAGCAGUGAAUGCAUUGACACUAGUGUAACUAUUAUACAGUAGGUCGUGGAUAAAUGAGGGCACUUUGUGUUUAAGCUCAAAAUGGGCUGUUUGAUGGAAACUAGGACAGUCUGGUUUGACGUCUUCAGCGUCACUCUCAGCUAUUACGAUGUCACUGUAAUCCUCAGAAAAAAAAAGUGCUCAUACUCUUUAUGCAAUGUUGCUGCAUACACUCUAAAAACCAAAUAUAUCUGUCUAAUGUUCACGGAUACUGAUAAAUAUCCCAUUUCCUGUCUACACCUCACAGACUUUGAUAACUGACUAUUAUUAUACUUUUUUUGUGAGUUGACCUGUGAACCUCAGCACUUGCUAUGACCUUGAACUGAGUUGUGCUGGUGGGGGUAGCCAUUUUGGUUAGGUCACUUGUUGUACUGUUACUUGCACAGCCCUUUUUUUGUUUGUUUUUUACAAUGCCUUAUCAAACAAACAAAAUGUUAUAUAACAUUAAAUGCAAGAUAACUUGUUAUAAAUCCUUGAUAUGCAGAAGCUUGAAUUAAUUUGUAAUAAAAAAUAAAAAUGUGCUACAA